GUUAAAAUAUUCCAUCAAACGGCCCAGCGGCUUCUCAGGACAAAGCGAGGGAACAAACGUGAACCGUGGAGUCUCACUAUAAAAAUCUCGCUCACUAACUCUUGUUCUUCCAAAACCAAUUCUCUGCACUCUUCAUCAAGCUCCGCUCCAACACAGGGGAAAAUGAGGGAGAUCCUUCACGUGCAGGGAGGGCAAUGCGGGAACCAGAUCGGUUCCAAGUUCUGGGAAGUGGUGUGCGACGAGCACGGCAUAGAUCCGACGGGGAAGUACGUCGGAAACUCAGAUCUGCAACUCGAGCGCGUGAACGUCUACUACAAUGAAGCCUCGUGCGGGCGCUUCGUGCCACGCGCGGUGCUGAUGGACCUGGAGCCCGGAACCAUGGACAGCGUGCGGACCGGGCCGUACGGGCAGAUCUUCCGCCCCGACAACUUCGUGUUCGGGCAGUCCGGCGCCGGCAACAACUGGGCUAAGGGGCACUACACCGAGGGCGCCGAGCUCAUCGACUCCGUCCUCGACGUCGUGCGUAAGGAGGCCGAGAACUGCGACUGCCUCCAGGGGUUCCAGGUCUGCCACUCGCUCGGCGGCGGAACGGGCUCCGGGAUGGGGACGCUUCUUAUUUCCAAGAUCAGAGAGGAGUAUCCUGACAGGAUGAUGCUUACUUUCUCCGUUUUUCCUUCGCCCAAGGUCUCCGACACUGUUGUUGAGCCUUAUAACGCUACUCUCUCUGUUCACCAGUUGGUGGAGAAUGCUGAUGAGUGUAUGGUGCUGGAUAAUGAGGCGCUCUACGAUAUCUGCUUCAGGACUCUCAAGUUGACCACUCCUAGCUUUGGUGACUUGAAUCACUUGAUCUCCGCAACCAUGAGUGGUGUUACAUGCUGUCUUCGUUUCCCUGGUCAACUCAACUCUGAUCUGAGGAAACUGGCCGUGAAUCUCAUCCCUUUCCCUCGUCUGCACUUCUUCAUGGUUGGAUUUGCGCCUCUAACCUCUCGUGGCUCUCAGCAGUACCGUGCAUUGACAGUUCCAGAGCUGACACAGCAAAUGUGGGAUGCCAAGAAUAUGAUGUGUGCCGCUGAUCCCAGGCACGGGCGUUACCUCACGGCAUCAGCCAUGUUCCGUGGCAAGAUGAGCACGAAGGAGGUGGAUGAGCAGAUGAUAAACGUGCAGAACAAAAACUCUUCGUACUUUGUCGAGUGGAUUCCCAACAAUGUCAAGUCGAGUGUGUGUGACAUUGCUCCUAGAGGGCUCUCCAUGGCGUCCACAUUCAUUGGAAACUCGACCUCGAUUCAGGAGAUGUUCAGGAGGGUGAGCGAGCAGUUCACGGCCAUGUUUAGGAGGAAGGCUUUCUUGCAUUGGUACACUGGUGAAGGCAUGGACGAGAUGGAGUUCACGGAGGCAGAGAGCAACAUGAAUGACCUUGUGUCUGAGUACCAGCAGUACCAGGACGCCACUGCUGAGGACGAAGGGGAGUAUGAGGAUGAGGAGGAAGAGGAUGGUGAAGCAGACCAUAUGUGAAGAGACUAAAAUGUGAAGAUGCCUGUGUCUUAUGCUAUGUGAUGCGUAAGUGUGUUUGCUCUGCACUCCAACGUGAAGAAGAUUGUAAUUACUAAUAGUGUAUGUACGGUUUGCGGGAUAAUACUUUGAUGGUAGUGAGAGUGGAGUUUGGGACCUUUGGGUACAUGUUAUGCGGCACCUAUCGGUUUGUUCUUAUAUUGGCUUGCUUUUUAUUUUUAUUUUUGUCCAUCUGGUAUAUUGGAUCUCAUGUUUCCGUAAUAUGUUGUUGUUCUUAUGCAUGGCUUUUCUUUACAUUGAA